AUGGACAAGCUUAAACGACUUCAAUAUUCUACCGAAGAUAUAAAUAAAGCUGUUAACGCUGUUCAGUCAGGAAUGCCAUUUAAAGCAGCUAGCAAGUUAUACAACGUACCCAGAUCGACCCUACAGGACAAAGUAAAAGGAAGAACACUUUUAGACAAGAAAUGUGGACCAGGAACCAUACUAACCAGGGAAGAAGAAAAUUUACUGGUGGAAUGGUUAUUUCGGAUUGCAGCAUAUGGAUUUCCAGCAACAAAAACACAGUUGUUAGAUAGUUUUCAGCUCUUGCUUAAAGAAUUGGGUAGGCCAAUAAUUUCGCAGAUGGCAGGCCUGGACGGAAAUGCACAAAAACAACAAGAGAACCAUGAACAGCCUAAAGAAGCACAAGCAGUCCUAAGAUGUGUAGAGCAAUACACCUCAAAAGAGACUCUUAGAUUAUUUCUGCUUUCCGAUCCACUUUGGGAAGGCCCAGUAGAGCACACUAGCCUGUUUUCACUCUGGAAGAAAAUGAAGAUCAAAACAGUGAAUAGCAACAACAAUGCAAUAGAGGUUUCUGAUCUAGUACAAAGUGAAAAUAAAAUUCAAGAAGACUUUAUUAUGGAAGAUACAUUUACAGACGUAGAAAUUCACAACGAAAUAGAUGCCACAGAAAUCAAUGAAAAUAAUAAAUUGAUAAAUGAUCAAUUAGAAGUAGAUAUUGAAUUUCAGGCAGGCUCAAAUGUCAAAGGCGCAUUUGCUGAGAAGGCAAACAAUAACAAUGAAAUUGAUGUUACAGGAAUUAUUGACUGUACAAAUUUAUCCCUUUCGAUAGGCAUUGCUGAAGAUAUUCCCAUAAUAAUUUCAAAUACACCCAGCAAAGCACAACAUGAUGUACCGGUAGAAAACUCUUUAGAGCAGCAUUCUUCACUUUUGGAACUAAACUUUCAACAAAUGGGAACUACUCAAAUUAAAACCUCACCGACACCUAAAAUUGACUCGGAUUCUACAGGCGAACCAAAUUCGAAUUCAGAAAAAGAGUUGUCGCCUUUACAACAAAAUGUUUUAGAUGAAUCUAUUCCGACUCCAUUCAAACAAACUUUAUUUUGGCCUACACCUAAGGAAAAUAUUGCUAAGCACAAACCAAUGAAGAAUAAAGUACCUGCUGUAGCAACUUCAUCUCAGUGGCAACAAUACUAUCAAAAAAAGAAGAAAAGAAAAAACAAGAAGAACAACUGA